AUGCGGCACCUACCAGGGACCGAGGAGCAGCUGGUCAGAAUGGGGAGGUGGCUUUGGCAUUCAGGGCUCCCAAAGGCUCAGGCGCUGUUGCGGGCAGCCUGGGAGGUGUAUUCGAAGCCUGUCCCAGCCAGCUGUGGGCAGUUGUUAAUUCAGCUCCUGCUGUGUGCUCUCAUCUCUGGGGCCGCUGGUGGGCUCGCAUACAACUGGUUGGCUGUCUCCCUGUUGUACCCAGCAAGGACUUCUGCAACAGGAGCCAUGGCUUGUGGCUUCUUGCUUUUCCUGGCCCUGGGUCUGGUGCACCCAGCCCGAUGUCUGCUCGCCAUCACCGUGCCCACACUAGGCACGAGGCAGGGCCGCCGCCUGCUUCUGUCAUCUGGUUUCGCCGAGCUGGCCACCCGUGUCGUACCCAACAUUCUGGCCAACGUGGGUGCUACCACCCAAGUGCUGAGGUGUGUGGCCCAGGGCUCUCUGGAAAGCUUACUCAACUCCACUCACCAGCUAAAGGCGGCCACAGAAGCCCUGGACCAGGCAGCUGGGCGGCCAGGGGACCGGGGACUGAGCCUGGAGAGCCCUAGCAACUACUCCGCCCUGUAUUUCCAGAUGCUUGUGGCCACCCAGAGGGUCUAUGAGGACGUCUCAGCCCUGGAGGUGCUGGUGCGGGGACUGGCUCUGGGCACCAACCGGGUGCUGGCUGGAGUCUUCAUUCUCUCCCUCCUAUCUGAGUCCAUGUGGUACCUGAAGGGUUAUCUGACCAACCUGCAGUUUGACAACCUCUAUACCAGCAAACAACUGGAGCAGCUGCUCAGACAGAGCCAGGACUCUCCCCAGGACGCCUCCCCUCCAGCCCUGGGCCUCAGGCUGACUGGCCUGAAGCUCUCCCGGGCUGAACUUCUCCACUGCCUCUUUCGCCUGGCAUUUCUGGGUAUGCCCCUGGGGGCCAUGGCUGUGAUUGUGGUUGCAGACUAUGUGGCCUUCCUUCUGGCACACAUGGCAGUAGACUGGGCCCAGAGGCUGCCCACGCUGCCCAUCCAUCUGAGCAUCAAGUACGAUGCCAAGUACACAGUCCUUGCCUUUGUCUCCUUCAUCUUCAAUCAGCUUUCUGAAGAGAGAUCCUUGGAAAUCUACCAAGACACAUACAAGUGGGAACUCCGCUUCACCUCAGCCAGUUGCCGCUUGCACCCAGCUCAUCCCCCACAAUACACGGCUGCAUUGGCCGCUGGGACCCUCUUCCUCUUUGCUUCUGCCACAGUCUUCCUGGAGACCUAUGCCCGCCGGCUGGGUCACAGAGUGGCCGCUUCUUUCUUCCAGGCUCAGGAAGAGCAGAGGGCCCGAUACCUGUUUUCCCGGCUCCACCAAAAUCAUUGGAAGAGGCACAUAGAAUCCACAUGUGUCUGUGUUUCCUCCUGCUCACGUUCCCAAGUCCUCUAG